UGUGAGUGUGAGUUACUCAUUAUUGCUGAGUUAAGCUGAAUAAUGGGCAAAGAUGGCUUAAUUUAACGAAUUUACGUAUUUGGCUAAUUUGUUGAACGGAGUUGGUUAUGAAUGUGUGGUGUGAUGCUAUCCUCAAUUCCUUACUAUCAGUGUAUUAUGUAUGUGGUGAUGUUUCUCCUGUACGUUUUAAGAAUUUUAUCAAGAGAAAUCUAAUAAUAGAUGAGGCACUUUCAAGAUUCAUAUAUCCUAUUUGUUCGUUGAAGUUUAUGCAAUUGCAGAAAUUGAGAUUUUAGAUUUUGGUACGUGGAAAGGAAUCAGUAGGAUUAUUUUUUAUCUGAUGUCUUGUGUUUUGAUUUUACUGAAGUGCUCCUACUUUUAGAGUGUUUUUUGCAGAUGAAGACCCCCAAUUCAACACGGCCUACACAGUGUCCGUUCUGCAAAACCUCAAAUUAUGCUGUGGAGUAUCGAGGUGUUAAGACGAAGGAGGAGAAAAGCAUGGAGCAACUUGAAGAACAACGAGUUAUUGAGGCCAAAAUAAGGAUGAGGCAUCAAGAACUUCAGGAUGAAGAAAAGUCGCUGAAACUAAGAGAAAUAAGCUCUUCUAGCAGUAUGAGAGCACCAACUGAGGUUGAAUAAUGCUCAACCCGAGGUAACAGGUCUAAGCCUCAAGUAACAGAUAUUAAUUUCUUGCUUGUGUAACCAUUGUGCUUUGCCUGUAUACAGCACCCACUUCUGUUUCUGCUAUAGGAAGUGAAGAAAUUUUUGCUUCACAUGAGUCCAGUGAAACUUCAGCGGUAAGACCACCUCCACGCCAAAGGCAGAUUAGGUAUGGCAUUUUUCCUUUUAUUAGCUUAGUUUAUUUAGAAAGCCAUUGCUGUAUUUUAGUUCUUCUCGAAUCUGAAAGUUUAAAAAAGUUUUCCCUGAGUAUCACAUGGCUAUUUUUGUUGAUUUUGGUUUACCUUAGAAAACUUACACCAUAUGUGAAUUCGUUUGACCUAUAUCUAUAGGUUAAUAAUUUUCAUUAGAUUGCAUCUAUAAGGGGGUAGGGUAGUUCGCGAAGUUGCUAGUAUCUUAGUGCAAGCUCAAGAUUUAGCAUGAUCAUGAUAUGUUAUCUUAGGCUAUUAGCAUAACUUUUUGUUGGAAUUGGGAAGUGAUGACAUGAGUUGGUGGAGUCGAUGAAUUCCUUCUGU